AUGUCUCGACCUAAGCAAAGAGAAAUUGCCUGCGCCCGUUGUUUCCGCUUAAAGCGCAAAUGCGACCAUGCGAAACCUACCUGCGGUGAAUGUCGCCGGAAAGGCGCCGAGUGUCUGCCGGCGAGAUCGCGCAGAACCGGCGAUAGCGUGACGAUCCCGUUCGCGUACUUGAAAGAAUUGGAGAGAAGAGUCGCCGAUCUGGAAGAUUCUCCUCGAUCCGACCAUCUGGUGAUGUGCGAUGCAAGUGUCCAGACUGAUCUACCGCUAGAGGAAAGUGUCGAUACACCCUCCAAGGCCCUCUGGAUACCGGAUACCAAAGACAAGUCGCAUUGGAUGGACUUAGCAGAGGAGAACGCCCUGGUGUUAUUCCCUGAAACACAACAAAUUCGAAUAUCACGAUCACCCUCUCGAACACCCUUUACAGACAUUUUCUCCCAAUUCAACGAAAACCUUGACUUUUUAAGAUUUGACAAGAGUCCCGUUUACCCGCUCAUAAGCGACGACUCUUUAUGGCUUACUGAACUCUAUACCAAUAUUUACUUUUCCAUAUCACACCGCGAAUGGCCUUUCCUUAACGAGUCUGCUUGGAAAAAAUGGCAUUGUGAGGACUCUUUCGAAGGACAAGAAUGGAAGUGUUUCUUUCUGCGGAUGGUCUACGCUAUUGGCGCAUCACUAUGCAGCUCGAUGCAUCGAAAUCAUGCGCAUCUGACACGAUCGAAAGAUUUAUAUGCUUCUGCCUUGAAUUAUUAUCCAAAUGUGGUUGGACAUUCAUCUAUGGUGUUGCAGGUCCAGGCAUCGCUUCUUUUGAUUGUCUAUGCGCUGCAUUCUCCUUCGUCGGAGGAGAUUGCCACGGGCGUUUCUUCAAUAUUGCCAUUCUGUACAGCGGCGAUGACGGAGAUUCGCAAAUAUGCGCGCACCAUUCAAGAUGAUGAGUCUGCUGUUGCGGGGGAAUUUUGGACGGAGAACAUGUUUAUAACAUGUUACAUGCUGAACGAAGUUAUUGCUUCUGGUUGGGAUCGGCCAAUGUCUGCUGCAUAUCGUGCUGUGGAUGAUGAUUUGUGUAUCCUGGGCGAUACCAUCCAACCCCCCGUCAAUACAAAUCCUGCUCUGGGUCAUCUCUUCCGACUACGAAAGAUCCAAUCAAAUAUUAGAAGAUCACUGGAGCGAUCGCGCUGGCAAUUCUCUGAGGAGAAGAAUGGGUUCAACUCCUCGUUGAAGUCCGCUCUAGAUAUAUGGAGACAAGACAUCCCGCGCUACGGAACUGCAGAUGUCUCAUGUGGCUACUUCAACCCGAACUGGAUGACGAAGCUGUAUGAUUACAGUAUUCUCAUAUUGAUGGAAGAGAAGCGGAAUUUCCUGGAUCACGAGGGCAUUGAGGAUAUCUUCUCCGCGGUUGCUGAGGUCUGUAUGAAGUAUCGGGAUUUCCAGGAGGAAGGGCAUGUGUUGUGUUUUACUUGGUCUGCUCUUGUAUUCCAAUUCCGCGCCGGAAUCAUGCUGUUAUAUCUUAUUUGGGCAACCCAAUCCAUGGAUACCUUCCAGCAACGACACCAAGCACACGAAUAUGCAGAAGCUAUUGAGGCAUGCACAAAGAACCUGUCUUGUUUCGCAGAUCGCUGGGACGACGCUGUGCCGUAUUAUAAGAUGUUCCAGUUCUUGCAUCAGAAAAUCAUGUGGGAUGCCGACACGUCGACGCUGGAGAGACUUCCAUCUGUAGAAGAAGCCGAAUCCUACCUGGAACACUUGAAGAAAAAGUAUUUACACCGUGCUAUUCUGGGGAUGAUAGAGGAUAUGAUGUAUGGAGGGUUUGUGCGAUACGAGGCAACCUUGGACACUUUUGUUACGGGCAUGUAA